AUGCAGAUAUUUUUAAAAAAUGAUAUUUUAAGCAAUUUAUAGACAAAUCGUCUUUAGUUCUAUAGCUAAAUUUUAAUUACCAAGUUAUAAAAAUACAGAAUUCUUAACAUCGAUUUUAUUAGAAAUUUUGAUUCAGCUUUAUUAAUAUUAUAACUUGAUAUGUAGUAAAUAUUUAUUUUGUUUGAAGGGGGAAAUUAUGAAAAAUAGAGCUCUCUCUACAUACGAAAUUUAUAAUUGGCUAAAAUAAAAAAAUUUUUAAAUACUCAAAUAAUAUAAAAUUGCAUAGCUAAACUAAGAUAUUCUAUUAUAAUUCUUUAAUAUCUUUUAUCUAAGAGAUUUGAUAAAUAAAAAUGUUAAGGAAUAGAUUAAACACAAAAAUAAGCUGAGAAUUAAUCACUAAUUUUAGAAAAAAAUUAAAAUUUGUAAUUUUAUUAUCUUUUCUUGCUUACUUUUUUGAUAAUCUAUAUUUAAAAAACAAAUCCUGAUCAAAGAUAUUCACUAAGUCACUAUUUAAAAAAUUCAAUUUACACUCAAGAAAUGGACAUGUAAGAUCAAAAAAUAAAUUAUGUCUACGAUAUUAUAGUAGUUGGUCUUGGUGCUAUGGGCUCAGCAUCUUUUUAUCACGCUUCCUAAAUGGGAAAGAAAGUUCUUGGUAUUGAGUAGUUUGAUCUAUUGCACUAAAAGGCUUCUUAUCAUGGUGAAACAAGAGCUCUAAGAGAGAGUUAUUUUGAGGGAAGCUUUUAUAUUCCUUUAGUAAAAUAGUCUCUUAAAAUGUGGAAAGAAUUAGAAAUCCAAUCAGGUGAAAAACUUUUUGUCAAAACAGGAGCAUUGAGUAUAGGUAAGGAGGGCUCUUAAUUGGUUAAAGACUUACAAAUUGGCUUUGAAAAACAUAAUAUAAAAUAUGAAAAGCUCUCUUCAAAAGAAAUAAAAGAGAAAUUUCCUGAAUUUUAAUUAUUUUCAAAUGAACACGUUGGAAUGUUAGAGACCGAAGCAGGUUUAUUAUUCCCUGAAAAAUGCAUAGAAAAUAUGAUAAACCUAGGUCUUAAAAAUUCAAAUGAUUCAAAAAUAUUAACAAAUUUAUCAGUUACUUCCUUCUCUGAAGUUGAAAAAGGGCUCAUUAAAGUAGAUUUAUCUAAUAAUGCAUCUUAUUACACUAAAAAGUUAAUUAUAAGUGCUGGAAUGUGGGCAACAGAUUUCCUUUCUAAGUACUCUCAAUAAUAUAAAGAUAUGUUACAAAUAUAAGAAAAUACUUUAUUUUGGUUCUAAUCUUAAAAUGAUAAUUAGUUUUAAUAAGAUUAAUUUCCUUUAUUUUUUGUGGAAUAAGAAGAAUUAAAGGCAUUUAUUUAUGGUUUUCCUAAGAUUUCUUAAAAGGGUUUGGUUAAAUUUGCCUUGCAUAACUCAGGAAGAAUAUUUUCUUCGUACUCUGAAUUAAAAAAUGAUAAAUCCGAAUAAAAUAAUGACAGUUUUUAAUAAAAUAAGAUUUUGAUUAACAAACUAAUUGAUAAAACAUUUGAUUCUUAAACUAUUAAAUCAUUAGAAAAAGAAUGUAAUUGCUAUUAUACAACAACCCCAGACCAUCAUUUUAUAAUUGAUUACUUAAAUGAUAAUCCUGAUAUAGUCUUUUUGAGCCCUUGCUCUGGACAUGGUUUUAAAUUCGCUAUUUAUAUUGGAAAACUUGCUGUAGAAAUGACUUAAAAAUAUUAAAUAUAGCACUAGGAAUUCAUAUUUAAAAGAUUUUAGCAACACUAACAAAAAUAAUGA